UUAUCUUCAUUUUUAAGCUUUAAAUUGAUAUAUCAUAAGUGCCAUUUUAUGGUACAUACAUAACACCCAUAGAAUACUCAUCUUGACUCAUCUACAGAUAUGAUCAUGGUGUAACAGCUUUGCCGAAAUAGUAUUUUGUUAUGUAUAAAAUGGCUGGGUAUGGAAGAUUUAUGCUUUUUACUGAUUUCGGUAAUGUUUUAUGUGCAAGAAAUAACUUAUUAAACGUUUACCAGAGUGCGCCGAGGAAUGCAUUGAAAUAUUUACAUGAUAGUGCUUUCCCACCAAAACCAAAGAAGCCACAAUCUGCAUUUUUUUUGUACUUAAAUCAUGUUAGAUCAAAGUUUAUGCAAGAGAAUCCUGAUCUAAGAGCACCAGAAAUAGUAAAGAAAGCAUCUCAGAAAUGGGCAGAAUUAGAUCCUUUGGAAAAGGAAGAUUUUCGAAAACAGUAUAACCAGAAUUAUGAAAUGUACGUACAAGAAUUAAAAGCAUACAAUGAUUCUUUGACUGAUGAACAAAAACAAUUAAUACAAAAAAAUAAAGAGAAAAGUAAAGAAACAAGUGAUAAACAGAAAAAAGAAACAUUUGGAAAACCAAAGAAACCAUUAACAGCAUUUUUAGCAUAUAUGCUAUCAAAGAAAAAUGAAAAAGAUCCAAACCUAGCUUAUAAGAAUUGGCUGCAGGUGAUUUCAACAAAUUGGAAUGAAAUGUCGGAUACAGCGAAGCAACCGUAUGUCGCUGAAGCUACAGAAUCAAUGAUGCAAUAUAGAAAGAAUGUAGAGGAAUGGGAAAAAAAAAUGAUAAGUUUAGGCCAUUCUGAUAUAGUAAGACGUCAAACUUUGAGGUUUAAACAGCUGAAGAAAGAAUAACAAAGAUAAAAAUUAGAUUUUUAUAAUAUAACUUUUUUGCCUAUAACUACUAUAACUGACUUAUACACAAAACUAAGUAGUAUUAAAUAUUUUAUGAACAAACAUGAAAGGAUUCUGAUUUCUGUAAUAACAAAAAUACCCGUACCAAAAAGGCGGCGGUAUUUAAUAGUUUAAUUUAGGAUUUCGUCUUAUAUCGACCAAGAUGCACCUGUUACCCUUGAAUCAAACGUGUUAAUGAUUUAUUCAUUUUAAGACCCUCCAAUGCCUUGUAUAAAUCCGAAUCGCUGAAGAAAUCUCGACAAAUUUUUCAGCACAGAAUUAAAUUGUGUAACAAAACGAAAA